GUCAACAUUGAGAGCAUAUCGUAAUGUCUUUCGUGCUACCCAGUCAGAAAGGGUCAAGUUUAUCCCCGCAGUUUAUAAGAUAGACAUUAAGCUUUCCGUCCCCAGCAUGUUGAUUUUUCCCCAUGGGGGCUUUGGAAUAUUAAGCAAGCAUCCCCGCAUACUGCGAGAGACAGGUGAUCGAUCACUCAACUACUACUGAACAGGCUUGACACUACCCCUACUAAGAGUUGAAUCCGCCCUGCAAAAUCCUUUCGAAGCAACCCUACUAGAUGAAUCAGCACUGCCCGGCACCACUUUUGGACGAGUCGCGAUUUCCUGACCAAGGCGGAUUUUUGCCUGGCCGUUGGUGUACAAAUUUGCCUCAGUAUAAUAAUGUGUCGUGCUGCUUACCGUGCCCCCUGAGCGCCUGGCGAUAUGAACGAGUAACACGCCUAGUUGACGACCACGGUGCAAUCGGCUGGAUGGGUAUUUUUACCCUCACCGUGACCUCUUUAAUGCUUCUCACAUUUGCUGCUCUACCUGUGGAGUUGACUGCACGCCAUUAUUUUACGACCCACCCCUUGGUUGGUUUUGCUCUGAUGUCGCUGUGUUUCGUCAUUCCAUUCGAUUCUGAACCACCACAGUGCUACGAUGGUAUCACACCCAACGAUAUCAACUCAGAUACUAGUUGUUGUGCUACGUCAGCUACCCUAUUCCUCGGUAUUUGGAUAUUAUUGCUGAAUAACCUUUUCCGAUCGAUUUGGCUCCAUGUCAAUAUCUGCUGGGAUUUAAAACCGGGAGCAAAAUUCAUGUUCUUCGCACUUACAUGUUCAUAUGGCGGCUCAGUAUGCCUUGUGGCCCUUGCCCUGGGUGUGACUGGCGGGUCCUAUCAAGUCGGCCAGACCUGCGUGCUUAAUCCCCAGAAAAGUAUAGCUACAGCUUGGGGUCCAAUAUUGGGGGUUUCACUUGCAUCUACCGUUUUGCAACUGUGUUCAGUCCUAUAUUGCAUUUACGUUGUUAUCAAACCUGUAGCCCACGAAAGACUACGUAUGUAUUCCGGAGAGCGACCCUCCUCGACCGAGAUACGUCAGGCUUUUACAACACGACAAGUAUCCUUGCGAAUCCAGAAACUGCUUGUGAUGCAGUGGAGGCCUAUAGCUAUGGUUGUCUUGAUUGCAGCAUAUGCAGCCUACGUAACGACGGUAUUCCUGCGCAUUGGCAUUUCGGCUGAUUACCCGGUCGACGCGACUCAACGGUGGUUCUCGUGCCUGGUUUCAUCCCAGGGAGACAUCGACGACUGCGAACAGCUCGCUUCCAGAAUCAGGACCAGUCAAAAUGAGAUACAAGCAGCAUUAUGUAUGAUUGCAUCCAGCGGGCUCUGGGCUGUCAUCCUCUCAUUCCGGUUGUCCAUGAUCCAAGGUUGGAUAGAACUGAUUAGGGCCAAAAAACGGGGUUUACGGUUAAAAUUAUCCAUAUUCACAUCCCAGUGUUGUCAAGAAUCGAACGACUUGGCUCUCAUUCGAGACUCGGAUAGUCAUAACCAGAGCCUUGAUGCCUGCCAGGUUUAAUCCGAAGGUUAAUUGAUUAUUCUGAUGAUGAUAUUACAAUUGACUCAUGCUGUGACAGGAAAUGGUAAAUAGGGAAGGGCAUAAAAACACAUAUAUAGUGUUGUAAUUAUAACAGAUUAAUUGUAUUGAAAACAAUCAAAG